ACACUCUAUCAGAAGAACAAACAGCCUUUAACGUUGGAUGCAACAAUAGAGUUCAUGCCUAAGUUGUCAUAUUGGAGUAUCCAGAAGGCAACUAAUGAAUUUUCUAAAUCCAACAUAAUUGGUUUUGGAAAAUUUAGUGCUGUUUACAAAGGCAUUCUUGAUGGUAGUUUGGGAAUAGUUGCAAUUAAAGUGUUCAAGCUUCAAGUGAGAGGAGCAUCUAAGAGCUUUAUGGUGGAAUGUGAAGCAUUGAGGAAAAUUAGGCACCGAAACUUGGUAAAAGUUUUUACCACUUGUUGUAGCAUCGACCAUGAGGGUAGUCUGGACAAUUGGUUGCACAAUCACUCAAAAGACACAGGAGAGAAUAAUGAUUCAAAGAGUUUGAACUUGUUACAGAGGGUAAAUAUUGUCAUUGAUGUGGCGAAUGCACUUGAUUAUCUUCAUAAUCAUUUGGAGACAGGUUUAGUACAUUGUGAUUUGAAGCCAAGCAAUAUUUUGUUGGAUGGAGACUUAGUUGGUCACGUGGGUGAUUUUGGAAUAGCAAAGUUUCUUCCCACGGAAGUUACACUUGCAUCUUCAUCUAACCAAGUGAGUUCAUCUUUAGGAAUUAAAGGGACAUUUGGAUAUGCCGCUCCAGAGUAUGGGAUGGGAAGUGAUUUGUCAACAUUUGGUGAUAUGUAUAGCUAUGGGAUCCUUUUGCUAGAAAUGUUUACCAGUAAAAGUCCUACUAGUGAUAUCUUCACUAAUGGCUUAACUCUUCAUAACUAUGUUAGAAUGAGCAUGCCUGAGCAAGUCACUGAGAUUGUGGAUCCAAAGCUAUUACACAAAGAAGCUAAUGCAACACCUCAAAGUCUUGUACUUCAUAACCAGAUAAUAGAAUGCCUUGCAUCAAUUCUUAAGAUUGGAAUCGCUUGUUCCGUGGAUUUACCUAGGGACAGAAUGAGCAUUGGCCAUGCAGUCAAGGAGUUGCUUUCAAUCAAAGACAUCAUUGUGGAACUUGGAGACAUUAGGACCAUUCCUCGUUAGAGCAGGCUGUAUCAAGCAAGCGAGCAGUGGAGUUUGCAACUUCAACAAUCCAAUCAGCAGAUCAGAGACUGAGAUCAAUCAAGCAAGGAAGCAGAGUAUGGGGAUUGAUUCAUUCCUAUUGUUCUUGAUUGAGAAUUUGAUUUUAUUUUAUUUCGUUUGUGA